AUGGCUGCGUUUGGUGCCUUUGUCGAUAUCGUCCACUGUCCUGCGGGCAAGAUCACACCGGAUCUAUUUCCGUCCAAAGUGAGGAAGGCGAAGACGAUUGUUGAAGAAGACGAAGGGUAUAUUGCUGCUGCUCAGGUCAAUAAUGAAAACUGCAUGGAGGGCUACAAGACUCUUGGGGACGAACUCGUCCAGCAGUCUCCGCAAGGUAUCGAUGCCUUCUGCGGUGCCAUUGGCGGAGCUGGAAUAGUCAUGAGAGUUGCGAAGGUGCUUAAGGGUGCGCGCGCUGGUACCAAGAUUGUCACACUCGAGCCUGCUUUAUAUAACGAAGCGCGCACAUAUACAGAAGGCAAGACGCGCGCCGUAUAUCGUAGAUUCGCAAAUGAGGAAGGGCUUCCAACGAGAACUUCAACAGGACUUGAUAUUGUUAGAGCUCUGGCAUUAACUAAGUAA